GCGGCCGGGCUGGGGCGGUCCCGGGGCCCGCCCCGCGGGGACGUGCGGCUUCGGCGGACCCGGGCUCGCGACGCCGGGGCGCACCCCGCCCGGGCCCGGAGCAUCUCGUGUCCCACGCCGAGCCGGGUGGGGUGGGUGGGGAGACUGUGGCUACAGGGCAGCAGCGAGGCACGGCCCGGACGGGGACACCUCGAGUUUUGCUCAAAAAUGAUUGUUUUAGGGGGUGGCGCUUAUUAGCCACCGUCUGCCCUAAUUUAAGGCUGUGACAGGGCUUCUGAGCUCUGCCUUAGGGCAUUUUCUGCCCUCAGAGACACACUGUGAGUGCAGCUGAGUUCUUUAUGCUCAGAUUUGUGUAUCUUGGCAUUUUUAAUGGUUGAUGUCGGAGGUGAUAAAUGACCGUGGUAGUGGGGAGCCCCCGAAGCACCUGCUGGGCUGACAGUUGUGGAGGUUGUGUCUGAGGGUGGGACGGGAGAAACGAAACGCAGCCUCUUUGGAUAUUCUGCUGAAGUUAUCAUGUUUAAGUAUAGCUGCUCUGGAGCAAGUUGAUAAACCCAAUUUUAGGACUUGGCGACAGAAGAGGUUUGAGUGGCAAGCCGACCCGGGGUGACCUGGUUUGGCCAGGAAUGUUUGGGGUAGCCCAGGUUAUCUCUUACCAUUUCUCUUUGGCAUAUUUAUUUUCUUCCGUCGCAAAUGUCCAAGUGCGAGCUCAGAAUAGGAGAAAAGCUAGAGGACAGCAUUUAGUACAGGCCCGAGCCCAAGACUGAUGUUUUCAAAUAAACAAAUGUGUGGCUAGGAAAAGGAAAAAUCUUCUUAUCUGCAGGGUUGGUAGUUUGAGAGAACUUGGUCUGUGGUUGAGAACUAUCAGUCCUUACUAAUAUUUCAUUUUAUGUAAUACUGUAGAUAUUAAGGAUUGAGUGAUGAGGACUGCCAUAGAUGCUCAUUCCUAAGAUUUGUAUGAUUGAAAUUUUCAUAAAUCAUAUUUUACCCAAAGCAUUCCUACAUAAAGGAAUCCUAGGGUGAAUCCUUCUAUGGAUCCCUCAGUGUGUCUUGAAUUUUGAUAUUUAGAGUCUAUUUAAAACGGAACACACGUAUUUAUUUGGGUUUUGCUUUACCUUAGAGAUAAUCCUGAGUCAUGCUUUAGAGAAGUUCCUUCUGUGAUCAAGAGCUCAGAUGUCUGGUGGUCUCUAUACAAGCUGGCUGCUCCCCUUUACCUGUAAUUCUGCCUUGUGGAGGUCUGGAGAAAGGAGGGCCUGGGGAGAUUGGAAGCAAAUUAAGAGGCUUUUCUUCCAUAUUUGUCUUGUUUCCAUGCCAGGGUUCUAAAUUACUUGUGUUCACACUUUCAAGUUUCUCAAUUUACCACAGAAAUUUUGUUUAUGCUACUGCCAAUAGUAUUUUCACGUUUGUUUAAUACUUGCCAGUUUAUAAAUGCUUUUCUAUUCAUGAUCUUGUUUAUUUUUUCCUUUUCUGCAAAGAAGCUGGGCUUAAAGAGAGAUUUCCUCAGGGUCUCAUAAUUAGUAAAAGAACGGAAGGGGGAUACAGAUCCUCACGAGUAACCAGUUCUCUUUUCCUCUGCACUGGCCUGCAUGUGACUUCAGAACCCUAGUCCCGAUCUGUUGUUACCCUGUAGGUUGGUUGUUGCCUUUGUGUUAUGCCUAAAUGGUAUCAUUAUUUUGGGGAAGGUGGUAUUAUCCUAUUUUAUUUUGUAGAAACUGAGGGUAAGAGGAAUCUUCUGAUUUUGCGACUAUUUGUGACAGCUCUUUAGCAUUAAGGUCAUUUUUUCAAUCUAGACCUCCUUUCCUCUAGACUACAUGGAGAGAGGAGAGAGAAAAAAAUAAUUUUAGUGAAAAACAAUCUAUUUCUGCGUUGGUAUGGUUAAGGAUACCCUAACACCAUAAUCGUGUUCUCCUUGUGUGCCUGGCUACUAGUGUCAGCCUAUAUGUGAAUGUUAACCCAAAAGGUCCCUUUAGAUGUCGCUGAACUAGUUACUAUAAAAAGUAUUUCAUUUUCAAACUCCCAUGUUUCAAGAACUGAGGAAUUCCGUACAAUAGGUCAUUUUGAAGGUAUGUAUAGAUGGAAUUUAUUGAGUCUUCUUUUCUGAAUGCCAGACACAAAGAUUUCAGGAGAACGGCAUUUUACAAGGGCUACCUGGAAACUUUGGGAAGGCAAUAGUUACAGGUUUUUACUAUUUAUCCGAGUUUGGAGGUGUGUAUUCUGAUGGAUAAGCUGUUACAUAGGAGUAGGACUUUUGCCUGGGAGAAUGCUUAGUUUUAGUCUGUAGCAGAAAUGGCAAAUCCAGAAUAUUUAUGUAGAAUUAGCUGAUCAUAACCAAAAGCUUGAUUGUAGCUCUGCAGUGAUGAGAAUGGCCCCGGGUUCUUAGGUUAUUCUUUAAGUUAUUAACUUGUUGGGUUGUGCAUUUUUCAGAUUUGCCACUUUAGAAAAUUGUUAGCAAUUUCUUUUAAGGCUUUUACAAAUUCUUUAGUAUGGGUUUUCCUUAGCUUAAUUAUCUGCUAACAUUACACUGUCAGAAUUUACACAUUAGUCAUAAUUAAACCUUUGAAGCUUAAGUGUGGGUGAAUCUUCAGUACUGCUUUAUAUUCUUUGGGAAUGGUCAGCCACUUGUUUCCACAAGAAUUUUAUUUGCACCAAAGGUCAGAUAUUUUCAGGUAGGACUGAUUUUCAAGGGCUGGAAGCCUUUCUUUGAACUUUAUAAUUGUUUGUGCUUGGUUGCAUUCACUGCUGUUUAAAAUGAUCUUUAGUAAGGAGAGUCACUUUAAAGAAAAAAGUUUUUCACGUUACCCUCAUAAUCUCUAUUCCUGGCAAAUUUUCUGGGAUAUUAGAUUUUUCUUUGUCUUCAUCAAGUAAAACAGACCCAUUUGAUGCCCAUUUUAAGAUCUUCCUUCUGCUGCCUAUCUUGUGGUCAUUUAACUUCUCAUUAAGCCCUCCACUAGAGACUGUUCCAGAAGAGAGAGAAGAUGAAAAGCAAAUGAAUCAUUUUCUAAUUGUUAGCAGCUCUGAAAAAUGAUUUAGUAGGAGAGAUUGACACUAUCCCAGAAAUUCUUUUGGAUUAUGUUUUAUUUCAUUCAUCUGUAUUGUCUCUGAGAUGUUCCUAAUAGUCAUCAAUUUAGAGGCUGAUUAUCCAGCUAUUGGAUGGCCAGGAAUCUAACUGCUUUUUUGUUUCUUGCUGUAUCUAAGCAUUAAGCAUCUCCACAGAGGAUGUUUAGAAGUAAGGAGUAGGGAUAAAAUUUAAACUGAUCAAUACUAUUUUUUCCGCCUUAGAGCUCCUUAGUGAACAAUUUGAUUUUUUUUUGGACAGUUUAGUCAUUGUUAUUGGAAGUGACCGACUAAUCGUAACUUCAUUUUAUUAUUAAUAUCUGUAUCUUCUACACAAAUGUAGGGAGGCUUUUGGGUGCUUUUUAAGAAACAUGGGCUCAUAUAGAUUCCCAUAAUUGCUUUCUUGAAUUAUUAAGCUUGAGGUUUCUUUACAUCUUUGUAUCUGAACAGAACCUGGGCUUUUGCUGUGGAACAGAUUCAAAGGCAUCAUCUAAUUUUCUUUUUAUGAUUGUUCAAGAAGUUAGUUUGUUUUGGUUUAGCAGUAAAAAAGGGGUAAAAAGGAUUAAUAGUGGACAGACCUUGCGUAACAGCUGUAACAUUGAUGAUGUUUGGUUUUUUCCUUUGUCUUUGGUCUCCCAUUUCUCAUUUAAUCAUUCGGAUGUUCAUGGAUUGGAGUUCUUCACUUAAGACAGAGGACACCAGCCUUCAGUCACCCUAUUUCCCUGGACCCUGGGCUCCCGAGACAGCAGCGCUGGAGCAGAUGGAUAAUGGAGACUGGGGCUAUAUGAUGACUGACCCAGUCACGUUAAAUGUAGGUGGACACUUGUAUACAACGUCUCUCACCACAUUGACGCGUUACCCGGAUUCCAUGCUUGGAGCUAUGUUUGGGGGGGACUUCCCCACAGCUCGAGACCCUCAAGGCAAUUACUUCAUUGAUCGAGAUGGACCUCUUUUCCGAUAUGUCCUCAACUUCUUAAGAACUUCAGAGUUGACCUUACCCCUGGAUUUUAAGGAAUUUGAUCUGCUUCGGAAAGAAGCAGAUUUUUAUCAGAUUGAGCCCUUGAUUCAAUGUCUCAAUGACCCUAAGCCUCUGUAUCCUAUGGAUACUUUUGAAGAAGUUGUGGAAUUAUCUAGUACUCGGAAGCUUUCUAAGUACUCCAAUCCAGUAGCUGUCAUCAUAACCCAAUUAACCAUCACCACCAAAGUCCAUUCCUUACUAGAAGGUAUCUCAAACUAUUUCACGAAGUGGAAUAAGCACAUGAUGGACACCAGAGAUUGCCAGGUUUCCUUUACUUUCGGACCCUGUGAUUAUCACCAGGAAGUUUCUCUCCGGGUCCACCUGAUGGAAUACAUUACAAAACAAGGUUUCACGAUCCGCAACACCCGAGUGCAUCACAUGAGCGAGCGGGCCAACGAGAACACAGUGGAGCACAACUGGACUUUCUGUAGGCUGGCUCGGAAGACCGAUGACUGAUCUCGAAGCCUGGGAGAAGUUCCUGGAAACUGACUCUCCAGGACAUGGAAGAGACUUUUUUUUUUUUUUUUAAAUCACAGUGUGGGAUUUUUUUUUUUUUUUUUAAUAUUUGUAUUUAUUCGAAGGCAUUGACGACCAGAAGGAAGUUUUGUGCUUUAGCAGACUCCUAUAUGUUUUGUUCCCUUUACCUUGAGUAUGCAUGUGCCUGUUCGGAGCCUCCAGAUACCUUUUUUAUAAAAAGAAGUAUAAAAAUCAUUAUGGUAUAUAAUCUCUUAACAGAGCUUUUUUUAUUACAGUGCUACAAUGAUUUCUGAUUAAAUGGUCCCUAACUCAACUAGAAGGCUAAAAAUGCAGGAAUGAAAGAAUGAACAGAGUACUCAUGAUGCCUUUGAGAAAAACCAAAACAUCAUGUAGGGUGACCUAGUUUCCAAACCAAUAAGCAGUAUUGUAAUAUUAAAGGAAAACUGUUCCAAUCAUUUAAAAGUACUUGUUAAGUACUGCUUUUUACAGUUAUGACAACUGUUUCUUUCUAUGCAUAUAAAUCAAGCAACCAAAUAUCUGUAGCCAUGGAAAUGUCUGACUAGAAAUAUUUAUAUUGGAUUCUGAAUACAAAAUGUCCCUGUGGUAGAACUCUUACUUCUUAUGCCUGGUGCAGUAUGAUUCCCAAGUGUACUGUCUACCAGAAGAAAAAAAAAAACUAAUAAAAAAUGAAAUCUGAAAAUUA